AUUCUCUCUACCAACCCCAAUCCGGUGAAUCGCGUCUUGCAUAGGUCAGGGAUCUCGCGACGCGUGGGAAGCCAUGGAAUCCAGCGCGGGGGAAAAUUGGCGGGGCUGGGGUCGACCAUUGUGGCACUGUGGGACAGUCCCUGAUAGAAUGAUAGAAGGACGGAUGCGGCUUCUAUCGAGAAGCGCGAAACCCGCAAGCAUCGCGUUCCAUUCCUGGGAAGCAUCGGACCCAGGCCGAGAUGAGUCCGUGACAGAUGAUCAGCAUGGAUGGAAAUACGAUCGACUCAGCUGUCUUACCAGCCACAGCUGUCAUCGCGGGCGAAUACAUACCGGGGCGCGUCGUGGGCGACUGGGCGACCGCGUUAUCCCAACUUGCCCUGACCAGGAAUGUGGCGGAUGCAAUCUAGCCCUUAUCGACACACAUUCCAGGAGAGGGCAGACUGCUGCUAAAGCCCUUAUCACGAUUGUGGCGAGUGGCGAGGAGCUUUGGAAGCUGUUCUGGCAUGAUCGCCGGCCGCUUGGAAUGUGAGAUCGCGUCCGCCGACUCGAGGAGUGAUGGCUCGCGACAGCCUCUCAUGCCGAGUCUCAGAUCAGUCUCUGAAACGAGGGAGAUAUUCCGAGGCCCUUGUCGGGUUUCAAAGUCGGUCCAGGUGUGGGUUGGGGUCUCUGUGCUCAAUUUUGAAGACAUCUGGAUCGAUAGGAGAUCCUGGAGGGAGAGGUAGAUACCAGCCUCUUCUCGAUUUCCAAUCCGUCGGCGAGGUUCCGAAUAACUCGGCCCCAUCGCGCGCGAAAUCACGACCGGCCACCCGGUCGAUGGUCAGGAAUGUGUCCGAAAGUGCAAA